AUGGCGCGCAAGGGCGUCGCAACGGUCAAGACGCCCAACAGAGAAGACCGAUACAUGACCAUCGACUCUGACGGCGAGGAAGUCACUCCUGCUCCCAGUUCGCCGAGUGAGAGAACUGGUUCCCGAAAAAACAGCAGAGCAGAUGGGGUUCAGUUGUUUGCGCAUGAGCUGGAGAAUGUCGAUCCCGCAGCCUCACGCGAGCGACUAAACCCCUCUAAAGUGGCCGAGUCAGGUCCAGAGCCAGAGCGCCUUCAGCCUCGCCAAGCUUCCGGAACCGUAGAACAAAGUAGGACACUUGCGAACGCACUGUUUCCUGCCAGCUUCAACAACGCCGUCUUUCCUUCCGUCCAAGUUUCCGAGUCGCCCACGUCCAUUUUUGACCAUCAGAGUCCGCAUCAGGAUCGAGAGCCUGUACAACAGCCCUAUCCUCGCACUCGGAAAUCUGCUACACGUUCGCGCGCUGCCGGUCAAGGUCGCGGCAACGCUUACGCAGACGCCAGUCUCUCCACUCGUACACAGCACCUCGGUCUCACCCCUGAGAACCGCCGUCAAGCAGGUCAAAAUCUGCCUUCCAACCUUGUCCCCUACAUCAAUAACCCCAACAACUCCGACAUGGCACGAGAUAUGAUCGAGGGCGGCGCAUACAUCGCGCCUGGCCAGCAGCGCAACAUGCGCGCCUGCAUGGUCUGCUCCAUCGUCCGGACUCAGAACCAGUUCCUCACCCAAGGCUGCCCGAACUGUGAAGAGAUCCUCGAGCUUGCCGGCAACCCCGAGCAGAUCAACGAUUGCACGUCGCAAGUCUUCGAAGGCCUCAUUACGGUCGCUGAUACCUCAAGGAGCUGGGUGGCUAGAUACCAACGUCUUGAGGGUUAUAAGCCGGGUGUCUACGCGACUCAGGUUGAAGGCAUCCUCCCGGACGACGUGAUUGGGCUGGUGGAGAGCGCGGGCAUCAAUUACGUGCCCAGGGACGGUAGCGAGCAAGAUAUGCUGCCCAAGGACUAA